AAUAAAUCAAAGCAGGCGCGCAAUUGUCCGUUUGUGUCUUUGCCAAAUAUUGUAAGUCUUAACACUGUUCGUUCAACUAAUUCGUUUUAAAAACGCGUACAGUCCACUGACUUCUGCAGCUGUUGACAUUGCAACAAGGGACGCUGUUUCCAGCGCACUUUAUACGACAUGUUGCUCAUGUUAUACGACAUGUCUCAAAUAGAAGUUCGCAUAAAGCUACAAACAAAAAGGUGUAAAGGAAGGGGGCGGUAAAACAAGGAAUCCGCCUUGUCCGUACUGUAGAUUGCCCGAGACGGACCUUGCUGAAGUUUGCAUGAUGGGUCACAAUUUUAUUAGUACGCGACAUAUUUGUAUAUGUAUAUCUUUGCUGCUUAUUCAUUGUAUUUAUUUUUUCAUUCCCAUUUAAAGGAAUGCGCACCCUCGACUAUUAGUAUAGUGAAAGAUUCACGGAUUGAAUGUCAGUUCACCUUGACAGAUUUAAAUCGAUAGGUUUAAUCAUGUCCAAAGAAACCAAUGUGUCCAUGGAUGUUCUAGAAAACCAGUCAUCACUACUGGAUUCUGAAUCCGAUUCCUCGGGUCUCCAGGAAAGAGCGGUAUGGGGUCGGAAAAUAGAGUACCUUCUGUCCCUCUUUGGAUACAGUGUUGGACUCGGCAAUAUCUGGAGGUUUCCCUAUCUGUGCAUGAGAAAUGGAGGAGGUGCAUUUUUGAUUCCGUUCUUCAUCCUGCUGAUAUUUUGUGGAGUUCCUCUCUAUUUCUUGGAGGUAUCCCUGGGACAGUUUACUGGAAAAAGUCCUGUGAUAGUUUGGUCAAUCUCCCCUCUAUUCAAAGGACUGGGCUGGCUGAUGAUGACAAUCUCCUUCGUGGUGGCCUGGUAUUACAACACUGUGAUAGCUUGGGUCAUUUAUUAUUUUGUCCAUGCAUUCUUUCCAAAGAUUCCAUGGUCAACGUGUGAUAAUUGGUGGAACACAGAUCACUGCAUCGUCAGUCAUAAGGACAGACUGACACUGAAUAAAACUGCUGUCAACCAGAACCUGACAGGGCUUCUGUUUAAUGAGACUGAUGCUUCCUAUCAAUAUAACAGUACACAUGAUAAUCACAGUUUGACAUAUAACACGGCAGCUCAUGAAUUUUGGCAGUUUAAUGUUCUGAGGCGUUCCGAGGGCAUAGAACACCCUGGUUCUGUUCAGUGGCAUCUAGUGUUGGUUUUAUUUGCCUCCUGGGUUCUAACAUUCUGCUGUCUUAUCAAAGGAGUGCGUUCAGUUGGAAAGGUUGUAUACGUGACGGUCAUUUUUCCAUACAUUCUCCUGACAGUCAUUCUUAUACGAGGUUUGACGCUAGAUGGCGCUAUUGAUGGGAUAAUUUUCUACCUGAAACCGGACUUUACUAAAGUUUUUAAUUUUCAAGUUUGGAUGGAGGCGGGAAUGCAGGUCUUUUUUUCACUUGGCCCUGCCUGGGGUGGUCUCAUUACUAUGUCAAGUUACAAUAGAUUCAACAACAAGUGUAUGAAAGACGCUUGGUAUGGUACAUUAGCGGAUGGCCUGACGAGUUUUUACGCUGGAUUUGUUGUCUUUUCCAUUCUGGGUUUUAUGGCUAAAGAUGCUGGCUUGACUAUGGGAGAAAUUUCAAAGUCGGCUUCUGGACCGGGUCUAGUAUUUGUGGCUUAUCCGGAAGCACUGACCAAACUCCCGAUGCCCCACCUGUGGGGAGUGCUGUUUUUCCUUAUGUUGAUCACAGUUGGCGUGGACAGUCAGUUUGGGAUGUUUGAGACCGUUUCUAGUGGCCUUGCUGACAGAUUUCCAAAGUUACUGAAUUCCCGCAAAGUUUUGACAACGGCUUGCUUGUGUGUUUUCCUCUUUGUUUUCGGAAUUCCCUUCACAACUAACGGAGGGAUAUACCUUUUUCAGCUGAUAGAUUGGUACGCUUCAAGUUUCUGCAUUACGUUUGGUUCUUUCUUGGAAUGUAUCAUAAUAUCCUGGAUCUAUGGCGCAGAACGUUACAACCGUGAUAUAGAGAUGAUGAUAGGGAAACCUAUACCUAUCAUCAUGCGAAUCAGCUGGUGUGCCGUGACUCCAAUAGUCAUGUUGACCCUUUUCCUGGGAUCAGUGGCUAUAUACGAGCCUCCACACUCGGCAAGCUACACCUAUCCGGACUUUGCUAUUGGUAUAGGACUGUUCUUUGCCAUACUGCCUCUGUUACCAAUACCUAUAAUUAUGGUAUCUGGACUGGUCCAUUCAGAAGGAACAUUAUGGCAGAGGAUUAAAACCCUUACUCGUCCGGAUUCAAGCUGGGGACCCAACAGCAAACGCCACUGGCAGACGUACAAAGUGUAUGAAUACAGAGGAGGCGUUGUGGACAGAAUCCGGGUCAAUUUGCUGGGGAACCGUCACCAAUAGGCACGAGGACCAAGGAGGACAAGAACUAUAAAUAGGUCUGGUGAAAUAAAUGGUGACUGAUAAACUGCGAGAAACACAGGAACAACGAAGCGGUUAAACUACUGGGAAAAGUCGUGAUUUUAUAUUUGGUCAAUUUCAGGGAAAACGCAAACAAACAAAUAAGCAACUGAAUAAAAUCACAGAUAUUAUGUGCUUGGUAUGGAUAAAAAUACAUUUUGCAAAAAGGAUCAUAAAUGAUCAUGAUGUUAAAAACAAAAUACUUUUGAUCCAUAUGUUUUAGGGAGUUGUUGAGUAUUGUUUUUGUUUUGUUUUCUUCUUCCGUUUCGGAGUUGGACUUUUUUCAUAUUUUCUUUGUCCAUUUUCGUUUUUGUUUUUUCCAAGAAAGAAGAAAGAUUUUUUAAAGUAACGCCCACUUGUAUAAACCGGGUCGGUGUGAUAAAACUAGAACAUUCGAUAUGUCUUGCAAAAUAAGACCUGUCGUUUGUCAUGCAACAGUCAGUAUUGGGGAAUGUUUCAGUAUAUUAGGUUACUUUAACCCUCUCAUGGGAGAAACGAUACGGGUAUGCUAGCUUUAAGUCUUACAUAGAAAUAAAUUAUGCGUAAUGAUGGUAACCGAAAGUCGAAUUUCUAAGGAAGUCAAAUUUCGUAUACAAUAACAAAAUCGUCUGGCUGUUAAAGAAUUUUUUCCUUCCUUUUUUCUUCUGAAACAAAUCUAUCUUGUUUGGAGGGGAACAAAUUGAAAUGUGUACCUUUAUAAGGCCGUAAAUGCAAAGAACAUGUCAUAUAUCUAAAAACAAUAUUUUUUAUAAACAUCUUUCUUAUAUCACAUGUUAUUUUCAUCAUUAAGAUUAGUAUUAUAGUAAGAAAUUCUUUAACUUCAGAGAAGUAUGGGAAGGAUGUUUUCUUGUGAACUCAAAAGAUUGGAACACGUACAGCUAGCUGCUGCAGGAAUAGUCACCGGUUUUUAAAUAUUUGCCUCUAAAGAUUCUUUCUAUUUUGAAACAAGUUCGAGUACACUAAAUUUAAGACGAAAAAUUGCUAGACUCAAAUCAACGUAUAAGGUUAUCGGAUCCUCAGCCUCCAAGUAUUUUUUUUUUCAUCAUAAAAGUGUCAUCUAUCCUUCAAACAUUAUAAAUGAAAUAAAGUAAAUAUCAAAUUGUUGGAUAGUAUCCAUGCAUUUUAUAAAGUGAUUGCAAUUUUGGCCACGAAUGAUAUAAUAGAAAUAUACAAGCUGAUACCAAAUUAGAAGAAUAUAAAACAGUCGUAUCGGUGCAUCAGUGGCUCGAACCCCUUUACCUUUGUGUAGUAGGUCUCCGUGGAGCCACUAUUUAAGCCAAGCAGUUCGUUUAUUAGCUGUGUGUAAUAUUAUUGUACAAAUAAAAUUAUUCCGCAUGAUUAAGAGUUAUCGAACAUUGCUGGUGAUCGGAGCUUGUUAAGGUUGAGAAAAAAAAUACAACACCCACUUUGUGCAAAACAGUUUCCACGACAAACUUUGUAAUGUAUAACUAAACAAUGAGAAAUUCUAAAGAUUGUUGUCAACCAAAAUAUAGAAACUUCGCCACAACUGCAUAGUAUUACUGGAUUGUGACUUAUUUAAGUAUGAUAUUGUUGAAAACAUUAGUUUGAAGACAUACGUAUUUUAUUAUUUUCCUCCUGUACAAAAUACAUUGUAUGCUGGCUCCAAAGAUGAGCUUUUCAAAUAGAACCAUUUUAACAAGAGCUUGGACUUUGGGCAGUUAUGUCAGACAGCAAUGUGACGUAGGCCUGUCUAUUUCAUUGCUAGCCACUUAGCUAUAGUACUUUGAAACCAACAAGGUUUGUCUGGCUUUUAAGCUAAUACUACGUAAUCUAUGCAUAUUUCAUCCGAAACAGCGUCAUUUUAAACUUGUUUUGUUACAAGAAAUAGAUAGUACCGUUCUAUCGAAAGUCCAAGGUCUUGUUUAAUUAGUUCUAUGUUUUUGCAUCAGUAAUAUAAAUACAUUUAUUGUUAAUGCAGCCGCAUAUUUUGCAAUGGAGAUGUGAUGAGUUUUGUGACUAUGUAUUAAUAUGAGCACUUGUUUUCCCCUUUUCACGUUUUCAUUAAAAAUAUUUUCGAUUUUAAUUACAAGCUUACAUAUGCAUAUAUCUAAUUUGCUAACAGAAAACCUACUUUAUUGUUUGUAAAAGCAUUGAUCUUUAUAUAUAUGACUUUUUAUUUGCAUGCGAAAACUUUGUUUGUCCAUUACUUUAGGUAGAGGGCUACGUAAGUUAUAGAACUUGUACCCAAUCUCAUUGAAAUAUUUGAAA